AAUGGUGUUUACAGCAAGCUGCAAUGCACAUGGACAAUGUUAUGCAUAUAUAGCAGCCUAGACCAUCUUUGUUUAUUGUGAAGGAUUAGUAAAUACUCCAUGGUGAACGUAGAUGAAGAACACAGCCCGUCUUUUCAGUCAAUGGAUUACCCUUUUGGUAGCUGUGUUGCUUCGCCUCUGCUAACAUUGACAAAUUGGACCAAGAUGUUCUCUGUCUUUGGCUAUUCAAGGUAUCAUCUUUCCUUUGAAUGGAUGCUGAACCUGUUUUUUUCUUUAUCUUUGCGUAUAAUUUGCUCUUCAGUGUUGUCUCUACUAUCCAUCAAUUUCUGCCUUGAGUUAUUACAACUGGUCAAUUGAGCUUAGAAAACUUGGUUUCCUUCAAAUUCUUGAAUGAGAUUUCCAGGGCAUGGAAAGUCAAAGUCAAACGAUCUCUUUUGUAGCCAUUUAGCUAACAAUGUGGUCAAGUCAACGCUUUUGGAAUAUGUUUUUCUAUGUUUUAGUCAAAUCUUACAGAAUUAAUUGUUCAUUUUUUCUUAAGACUUGGUCAAAACAUUUUUAUAAAACUAAUCUGUUUCUGCAUUAUGACUCCACUCUGUCUUGUCUCUCUAGUUGGAGGAUUUUAAUUUCCCAUCCCAAAAUAAUAAACUAUUUCCAUAUUCAUGGAACAUAAUUCAGAGUAAGGCUGUAAGUGUGCAGUUUAAAUAGAUAUAGUGACAUGUAGAUUUUAGUAGUAGUAGUUUAGAGAUAGUCAAGAUGAAACUGAACAAAGUAACCUGUUCCAAGGAGAGGAAGAAUGAUAUCCUGAAAAAAUUGCUAAGCUUUUUGUGCCAGUGUGUUUAUAUUUUUUUGCUUCUCCCUUGCUGUGCCUCUGCUUCUUGUGAUCAAGUUGAUCGUGACGCUCUCUUAUCCUUAAAUUUCAAGGCCUCAUCACCAUUGAAUUGGUCUGCUUCGUCUGACUGUUGCCUUUGGGAAGGAAUUAUUUGUGCUCCGGAUGAUCGAGUCAUCCAUCUAUGGUUGCCUGCGAGAGGCUUAAGCGGUUCAGUCUCUUCAGCUAUCACCAAUCUCACAUAUCUCACCCACCUCAAUCUUUCCCACAAUAGCCUGUCCAGUCAACUCCCGGAUGGCUUGUUUUCCUCCCUCAAUAGCCUCCAAGUUCUAGACUUGAGCUUCAAUCAUCUGAACGGCCACCUACCAAAUUCAUCUCAAGCCAGCAAGCUUCAGAUUGUAGACAUGUCCAACAAUUUCUUCAACGGAACAAUCCCAUCUGUGGCUUCGGACUCCCUAUCUUUUUUCAAUGUCAGCAAAAAUAGCUUUUCUGGCUCCAUUCCGAUUUCUGUUUUCUGCAAAACUGGCAGCAAUCUUAACAAUCUCACCAUUUUGGACUUAUCCUUCAACAGAUUUACUGGUCCAAUUCCCACUGGACUUGCCUCUUGUUCAAAGCUCCAGGUAUUCCGUGCAGGCUUCAAUGCGCUCUCUGGUCGUCUCCCUGAUGACAUUUUUGGCCUUGCUGAUCUUGAACUGCUUUCCCUGCCCUUCAACAGCUUAUCAGGACCCAUUGGCAAUGGCAUUACAGGCUUGACCAAUCUAAAGAUCCUGGAGCUCCAUGCAAACCAAUUCAAGGGGGAUAUACCGAGCCAAAUUGGUAACCUUGUCAGUUUGGAGAAGCUGGUCCUCCACAAUAACAACUUCACUGGUGUCUUACCUGCAUCUCUCAUCAACUGCACAAAUCUAUCCACCUUGAACUUGGGGGUCAACAACUUAACAGGAGAGCUUUCCACCUUCAAUUUCUCCACGUUCCAACUCCUCACCACACUUGACCUUGGCAACAAUAACUUCACUGGUACGUUACCGCAAAGCCUCUACUUGUGCAAGUCACUGAAAGCAAUUAGAUUGGACAGCAAUAAUCUCCAAGGGCAGAUAUCACCUGAAAUAGUUGAAUUGGAAUCCCUUGCUUUCCUCUCCAUCUCUAACAACAAUUUUACCAACGCCACCGGGGCCUUUAUGGUUCUAUUGAGUUGCAAGAAUCUCACCACUCUGGUUCUUACCAAAAGUUUUCUGUUAGAACCUUUGCCAAAGGAUGAAACCCUGGCAGACCUAAACAGAUUUGACAAACUCCAAGUUCUUGCCAUAGGUGGUUGCAAAUUUACAGGUCAAGUGCCCACCUGGAUAGCUAAGCUUAGAAAUCUUCAAGUCUUGGACCUGUCAUAUAACCAUCUAACCGGCUCUGUUCCUGGUUGGUUGGGUAGUCUACCCAAGCUAUUCUACAUGGACUUGUCCCAUAACCAUCUUGCAGGAGGAUUCCCUGAGGAACUCUGUGGAAUGCCAUCAUUGACAUCGAAAGAGGCCGAUGAAGUGGAACAACGUAUUCUAGUGUUACCAGUUUCUGUCAUGUCUAAAAAUGGUACCACUCGGCAAUACAAUCAGUUCUCUCAAUUUCCCCUAGCAAUGUACCUUGGUUGGAAUAGCCUCAGUGGCAGUAUCCCCACUGAGAUUGGCCAAUUGAAGUUUCUUCAAUUGUUGGAUCUUAGCCAUAAUAACUUCUCUGCCAGCAUCCCAGAUCAGAUGUCUAACCUAUCUAACCUAGAGAAAUUGGACCUCUCCUACAACCAUCUAUCUGGUGCAAUCCCUGCCUCUUUAAAAGGUCUAACUUUCCUUUCUUUCUUCAGUGUUGCAUACAAUGAUCUUCAGGGCUCUAUACCAUCUGGAGGUCAAUUCAAUACUUUUGACAUCUCCAGCUUUGAAGGAAAUCCAAGAUUAUGUGGCUACCAGACUGCGCAGCUAUCCUGCCUUCCUGCUAUCCCUCCUGUGUCUGCGGGUACUCAGAGAUCUUCUUACAAGACUCUAAGUGCACUGAUCUUUGGGAUCAGUAUCGGCUUUUUCUUCAUUUGAGGUUUGUGUUAUAGGUUUAGCAAUGAUGGCAACAAAAUUCCAUUACUAGGUUGGUGUAAGAAGAAUAAUUCUUGUAUGUAAUAAAACUUGUUACUUGUAUUGCA